UCGUUGAAUCACUGAAUCAUUCUUUUGAGUCGGAUCUUUUUAAAUGAAUUAUUUAAAAACCGGAUUCAAAACCAGUCGGGGUGCAUUUCUUGUGAGCACGGUGCAAAUGUUCUCUAGAGUUCACAAUGCUCUGAGCGAUUGUUUACGAAUUGAACUGAAUCAGUCAGAGUCGAUUCCCGAGUCAAUUCAUUGAACGAUUACAUUCCAGUUUUAGUAACAAAAACGCAUUAUGAUGCUCAAAAGAAUCUGUUCUGUCUGAAAAUAACGAUUUGCGGAAAUAAUCCUGUCAUUACUUCCUAUCACGUCAUUAGACUAACCUGAUUGUCUGAUUGUGCGUAAGAUUAUUUAGGCGUGAAUGAAUAAGGAAAUUGCACAUAAUUAGUCCUUGCGCUCAAAUGAGGAAAAACAAAAGCGUCUCUGAGAUGCAUAAUCUGCUGUCACAUACAUUGUUCUCAGUCCCUGGAAGAGUGAGAGGAGUGCGGUGUGCACUAUGAGCGGGGCGGCGCUGGGAAUAGAGAUUGUGGUCGUCUUUUUCCUGGCUCUCUUCCUCCUGCAUCGCUAUGGCGACUUCAAGAAGCAGCAGCGCAUGGUUCUCUUUGGCACACUGCUGGCUUGGUAUUUAUGCUUUCUCAUCGUCUUCAUUCUUCCCCUGGACGUCAGCACGACAAUCUACAAGCAGUGUUUAAUUGAUCACGGCGCACAUGCCCUGAGCCCUGUCCUUUCAAACCAGACGACUCCAAAUACCUCUAUCUCACCCAAUAAAAGCACCCAACAUGUGUGCUAUAAACCAUGGAGCUACAUUCCGGAUGGCAUCAUGCCUGUGUUCUGGAGGGUUGUUUAUUGGACCUCACAGUGUCUCACUUGGCUGCUUCUGCCAUUCAUGCAGUCGUAUGCUCGCUCUGGAGGAUUCUCCAUUACCGGAAAGAUCAAGACGGCCCUCAUUGAGAAUGCCAUCUAUUAUGGCACAUACCUUUUCAUCUUCGGCUCUCUUCUCAUCUAUGUGGCUGUGCAUCCUAAGUGGAACCUCUCCUGGUAUGAGCUGCAAACCAUCGGCAUCACUGCGGCCAACACUUGGGGUCUGUUUCUCCUAGUGUUGCUGUUGGGCUACGGCCUGGUCGAGAUCCCUCGCUCGUACUGGGAGGCCUCGCGUCAGGGUCACCUCCUCAUCAAGACUUACUUCAAAGCGGCCAAGCUCAUGACAGAGAAGGCGGAUUCAGAGGAGAACCUAGAAGAUGUCAUGGAGGAAGUGAGAAAAAUCAACGAAUCAAUCAAAUAUAAUCAUCCACUGAGGAAGAACGUGGACACCAUUCUCCGAAAGUGUCCAGUUGAAUAUCAGGAGAAAAUGGGCAGGAAUAUGGAUGACUAUGAGGAUUUUGAUGAUAAACAAAACGCAUAUCCCACUGAAAGAAGUCUUUCGAAACUACACAAGCAGGUAAUUUAUGCCGUGCAGAGGCACAAUCGCACCCGUGUUCAGUGGCAGAUAUUGCUGGAACAGGCUUUCCAUCUCGAGGACGUUGCCAAGAACGAAACCAGCACCUCUCGGCAGUUCGUUCACAGUUUUGCCCCUCCAGAACCUGUAGGCUGGUUCAGACGCUACAUUUAUACUCCCACAGUAGAGUGGUACUGGGAGUGUUUGCUGAAGCAGUGGUUUUACCGUGCACUGUCUGUGGUUCUGUCGCUGUUUUCGGUGGCCGUGGUUUGGUCUGAGUGCACUUUCUUCAGUACUCAUCCCGUUCUGUCACUCUUUGCUGUGUUUAUCCAGCUUGCUGAGAGGGAUUACAACUACCUGUACAUUGAGAUGGCGUGCUUCAUUACCAUCUUUUUCCUCUGCACCUGCGUCUACUCCACUGUGUUUCGCAUCCGAGUCUUCAACUACUACUACUUGGCCUCACAUCACCAAACUGACGCUUACAGCCUGCAGUUCAGCGGCAUGCUUUUUUGCCGCUUGACUCCUCCACUGUGUCUAAACUUCCUGGGACUGAUUCACAUGGAUUCUGCCAUAUCCCACCAAGCAAAGCAGCAGACGGCAUACACCUCUAUCAUGGGUUCCAUGCGGGUCCUGUCCUUCAUUGCGGACGGUUUCUACAUCUAUUACCCCAUGCUGAUUGUCAUUCUGUGCAUUGCUACUUACUUCAGUCUUGGCACACGUUGCCUGAACCUCCUGGGUUUCCAGCAGUUCAUGGGAGACAACGAAAUGACCUCUGACCUCAUAGAUGAAGGCAGAGAACUCCUGCGCAGAGAAAGAAGAAAACGCCAAAGAAUAGAAGAUGGGGAGAACAGACGAAGAGAGUGGAGAGAGCGUUAUGCACAACGAGAUGAGGUUGCUGCCAGAAACAGGAUGUCCAUGUCUGAGAUGAAGGAAACCAACUACGGUGAAACCCUACAUUCAGACACAAACCGGCAGGCCAAGUACACCCGUAGUGGCAGCCAGACGGGGCGAGACAGCAUUGAGUUGCUGCAAGAUGCUGAGCCGUUGGACUUUAAUGCUGAAACGCUCACUGAUGACCCCUUGCAAUCUGAACCUGGCAGACAUGCCGGUGGAAGGUACCUUUCAAUGUCUUCUUCUCGAAGCCGAAUCUUUGAUGACGUUUGAUGUUUUUCACUUUGGUCAAAAACACUGUCAUGAGAAAAUAUGCUGAAUUUUACCUCUAAAAACACUCCUAAAGAAGUGGUCUGUCCCUCUCAUUUUAAGCAUCUUCCUGUAUCAUGUAAUGCAGUGUAGUCAUCUGCAUGCGUCCUGAUAAACACACAAAAACACAGAGAAAUGUACACACUUGUUUUGAAGUGCCAGACAGUCAGACUGCUACAUGAGACAAGUGGGAAAUGUCUCUUUUGCUCACAGUUUCUUCAAGAAAUGAGUCAAUUAAUGCUGAACAGUCAGAUCACUGAGUUAUAAGAGGUACUACAGAUGGGGAAAAUUUAGUUCAACUCACUGUUUCACAUCAUUUACUGCUGAUAGGUAUCAGGUGACGUACCUGAGCGUUUACAUUAGUCAAGUAACAUGUAAGUAUCAUGUACAUGUGGCCAAUUUGUGUUGGGUGUUAUUGUGAAUAGAGAUUUUAUAGAUCUAAACAUAGGCACGUGUAUUUUUUGUACACGUGAUUGUUUUGGUAUAAAGCCAGAGAGAUUGCUUAAGAUUGAGGGUUUAAUCUGAAGUUAAUAUAACACUCAUAUUUAACCUUUGAAGGUGUUAUGGCUUUCCAGUAGUUCAUGUGGGUGUCAAAAAUUAAGUUUUUUUUUUUUUUCUUGAAUGUUUCAUCUUAACAUUCCAUCCAUGAAAUUAGUAUUUUUAAUGAAGGAAAUAUUAACUUAAAGUCACAAACAUUUAAUUUGAUAUGUAAAGCUGUAUUUUUUGUCUGUUAGACAUUAUUUGCUUGUUUCACUUUUUUUUAUUAUUAUCCUUGGACUCUGUAUUUAUAAUGAAGUAUAUAUAUGUUACAUUAUUUUUAGCUGUGGUCUUAUGAAUGAAUGUCUGAUAGGCCAUUUUUGAUUUGCACUGACACGUAUGUCACUUAUUCUGAAUAAGCAAGGAUGUUGAAAUAGCUUUAAGGACACAGAUUACAACAGAUUACAAAAAGUACUUACGUUCUGGUUUUCAAGACUUACAAGCAUUUCUCAAUCACAAGCGCAGUUUUCUUAUAGAAAACAGAUUGUCAGUAUAUGAAUGUGUUGAAGGAAGUUAGCAACUACAUAACAAGCUUAUAAAACAAGACUACUGACUGAGUGCAUGGCAAGAUGUGAGGGAAUCACUUUUUUAAAUGUCAUAAAAUAUCAAGCAUAUCUGAUGUAAAUUUUUGCAUGGUGUUCUACUGAGUCUAACUCUUGUUUCUCACAGGACGUGCAGUAGCAGCUAAGUAAUGUACAGUAUAUUCCACUACAAACAUAGUAUGUCUGCUCUCCACAAAUGCUAAGCAUCAUGGUUUCAUCUUGAAUUAAUGUAUUUUGAUCACAAGUUUAGCCCUUUGAGUUUAAAUAAAAAGGGUGUUUUUGUGUUUUUGGUUUAUUAUUACUUUUUGGUUUGCUGAUAGUAUCUACUGUGUAUUUAUGAAGAUAUUAAUUUUGUUGCCAGUGAGCUGUGAUCUUUUUGAUAUGGUCAGUUCUCAAUUAGUAUACUGAUAAAGGCCUACUGGAUCUAAUGCUGGAGUUUGUUAAUUUGUAUAGUUGGUGUAAGUUAACUGUGGUACAUUCCAAAUAGACACAUACUGAAUAUGUAAUCUUGCAAUUAAUAAAUUAUUGAUUAAAUCA